ACUCCCAAACUGCCCCCCUCCACCACACACACAUUCGAAUACCCACUCCUCCAGCAGUCCAGCACUUCUACAGCUGGGCAGUCAGUGUCGGAGCGGCAGUGAUUCAGGGCUGCUGUGUGUUUUGUGUGGUGUGGAGUUUCUCACACCGCGGAGAAGAGACACUUUCUCACUGACACACACACACACGCACGCAGACGCAGAAACACACACACACACACACACUCUCGGAGGCUUUUUGAGCACAGCACGCGGAGGCCGGAGCCUCAGGGAUUUACCUCAUCUUUCGUCCGGCCAGUGGACGCGCGCACAGACAGACAGACAGACGGACGGACGGUCAGACGGACUGAUGGACAGACGGGUGAAGAUGGGAGCGCGGAGGGACGGCGCGUGGCGGACUCCCCUGCUGCUGCUGGCACUGAGCGCUCUCCUCUCUCAGGCGCAGGCUAACGUUCUGGACGCCAUGUUGCUGAGGAAUUCUGGGAAGGCGGCGUCGGACGGCAGCAAGGAGACGAGUGGCGGCACGGCCCCUGCGCUACCCCAGCGCCUGCUCUGGUGCUACUGCUACCACCACUGCCCCGAGGACUCCAGGAACAACACCUGCAGGACGGAUGGGUUCUGCUUCACGAUGGUGGAGGAGGAGGAGGGCGGUGUGCCCGUCUUGACCUCCGGCUGUCUCGGUCUGGUGGGCUCGGAGUUCCAGUGCAGGGACACGGGGAACUCUCGUCAGAGGAGGACGCUGGAGUGCUGCACGGACCAGGACUACUGUAACCGGGACCUGCGGCCCACACUGCCCCCCCUCAAAACACCCAAUUACGUGGAUGGGAACAUCCACCACAUGGCUCUGCUCAUCUCCGUGACGGUCUGCAGCAUCAUACUGUCUCUCAUCAUCGUCUUCUGCUACUUCAGGUACAAGCGCCAGGAGUCGCGUCCGCGCUACAGCAUGGGCCUGGAGCAGGACGAGACCUACAUCCCCCCGGGAGAGUCCCUCAAGGACCUGAUCGAGCAGUCGCAGAGCUCAGGCAGUGGCUCGGGGCUCCCUCUGCUGGUGCAGCGCACCAUCGCCAAGCAGAUCCAGAUGGUGAAGCAGAUUGGCAAGGGCCGCUACGGCGAGGUGUGGAUGGGCAAGUGGCGCGGCGAGAAAGUGGCCGUCAAGGUGUUCUUCACCACCGAGGAGGCCAGCUGGUUCCGCGAGACCGAGAUCUACCAGACGGUGCUGAUGAGGCACGAGAACAUACUGGGCUUCAUCGCGGCGGACAUCAAAGGCACGGGCUCGUGGACGCAGCUCUACCUGAUCACGGACUACCACGAGAGCGGCUCGCUCUACGACUACCUCAAGUCCACCACGCUGGACUCCAAGGCCAUGCUGCGGCUGGCCUACUCGUCCGUGUCGGGCCUGUGCCACCUGCACACCGAGAUCUUCGGCACGCAGGGCAAGCCGGCCAUCGCCCACCGCGACCUCAAGAGCAAGAACAUCCUGGUCAAGAAGAACGGCACCUGCUGCAUCGCCGACCUGGGGCUCGCCGUCAAGUUCAUCAGUGACACGAACGAGGUGGACAUCCCUCCCAACACGCGGGUGGGCACCAAGCGCUUCAUGCCCCCGGAGGUGCUGGACGAGAGCCUGAACCGCAACCACUUCCAGUCCUACAUCAUGGCCGACAUGUACAGCUUCGGCCUCAUCCUGUGGGAGAUCGCCCGGAGAUGCGUAUCCGGAGGCAUAGUAGAAGAGUACCAGCUCCCGUACCACGACCUUGUGCCCACUGAUCCUUCAUAUGAAGACAUGAGGGAAGUGGUGUGCAUCAAGAGGUUACGACCUUCAUUCCCCAACAGAUGGAGCAGUGACGAGUGCCUGAGACAGAUGGGCAAACUAAUGACUGAGUGCUGGGCCCACAACCCGGCCUCUCGCCUCACCGCCCUCCGCGUCAAGAAGACCCUGGCCAAGAUGUCCGAGUCCCAGGACAUUAAGCUCUGAGAGGAGCCCACCGACCAGAGAGCACUGGCAGCAGAUAAAUAAAAGAAAAUAAAAAAAAUGAAAACAAGAGAGACAUAUCGCUUCAGCUACCCACAAUCCCUUGCUCCGCUGGGUCGGAACAGGAUGCCCCCCCCCACCCGC